AUGAAACAACAAGUAAUUAUCUGUUUUCUUUUGGAAUUUAAAAUAUCCAAUGUACGUAAAUGGAAUAAAAAUGUUUCAAUAAUAUGGAGUGGAGAUUUUAAUCCUAAUAAAAUAUCUUUAGAAUUGCAUCUUCUUUCUGCUGGUGUUUUAUUAACUGAUAAGAAUAAUAAACAAUACAACGAAGAUUACGAUAAAAUAAUAGAAGAAUUCGAUUAUAAAACUCCAAUUCAAUUAAGUACUUUUUUGCAUUAUGCAUAUACAAUAUAUACGUUGACAUUUCAUGAUGUUAUUGAUCAUAUAUUUUAUGAUUCCAAAAGCUUUCAGGGUAUAGGUUAG